UUUGUACAUCAAUCAGAAGCAAAUUAUUCCUUCCUACAGUGUUAAAUUAUUAGGGAUGCAUAUUGACAGGAAACUUAAAUUUGAUAUACAUAUAAAUACUAUUUGUAAUCAAGCUACCAAAAAGUUGCGAUGCCUACAACGUAUUAGAAAAUUUGUUACAGAUCAACAAGCAAUACGCCUAUGUAAUGCGUUUGUUUUAUCAACUUUUAAGUAUUGUCCUCUUAUAUGGAUGUACUGUAGCAAAACCUGUAAUAAUAAAGUAAAUAGGGUUCACAAAAGAACAUUAAGAACAGUAACUGGAGAGUAUGAGUGUUCUCUGAGUGAUAUUCUUUUAUCUACUGGCGGUGUUACAAUACACACUGCAAAUUUAAAUAUUAUGUUAUUAGACAUUUACAAAAGCUUGUUCGGAUCAAAUCCAGACUUAAUAAAAAGUCUCUUUCAAUACAAGAACACUUCUUACGCACUACGUAAUUCGAGUGUACUGUGUCUUCCUCCAACUAAAUCAGUACGUUUUGGAACCAACUCGUUGUUAUUUAGAAGCUGUCAAUUAUGGAACUCGCUUCCUCAAAAAGUAAAGUUAUCUGGUUCUAAUGAGGACUUCAAAAAAUCGAUAGUAUCUUGGACUGGACUAAAAUGUUUAUGUCCGCUUUGUAAAUAAUAGCCCUAUUUAUAUUAGGACAUAUUAUUAACUUUUAUUUUUAUUUUUAUACUAUAAUUUUUGUUGGUUUUAAUUAGUACCUUGUAACUAUCUCGUUACCAACGUUAAAUGAAUGUUUACUUACUUACUUACUUACUUACUACUUAUAGAUGGACGGACGGUCGGACGGACGGACGGACGUAUACGGGUAUUAUAAUAUAGAUGUAACGUGAUCUUUCGUGAUUUUAGAUAGAAAAGAUUGGCACGGUUGAUUUAAAACACGUGUUUCAGACCCAUCCCGAUUGUGUACGAUUAGCUUUGCUAAAAGAAAGAAGGGGCGCCUGCACUAAGUAAAUGUUUUUUUUUGAUUUGCUUAUCCGCAUCCGCCAUUAUUUCUUAUGCGUGCAUUUCUAUUGGUCACGUGAUUAAAUUAAAUAUGAUUUUAGCUUAGACGGCAAAAAAUAACCGCGAACAAUGGGUUUCGAGACUAGGGUUUUUUCUAUUGAUUAUACUUUAUGUUGUUGGGAUGGUAAGCGAUGGGAAAUUGAACGGAUGGUUAUUUUAGAAAUUUUUCCACAGACAGAAACCUAAUGCUUCACGGUUUGUGCAUGCUAGCUAGGUACUAGAAAUUUCACCAAUUUAUCAAUAAAAUCAAGCGAUUAACAUGUAUUUCAUGCUUUUUCUUACUAUAAUUAUGCGAAAACAUGCAGUUAAUUUGGUAAGGUUAACAAGAAACCCACAAGUUGAUAGCAUAAUAAGUGCUUUAAAAUUAUGCGUAGCAUCACAACCUUUGAAAUAUCGUGGUCUCACCUGCUUAACUAAACUUAGACGUUCAACAAUACUAAUCUUUCAAAAAAUGCGUUAACUAUCGCAAGAUGAAAAUACUUAUCGCGUGAAAGUAGCCAAAUUUUUCUUGUAUUUUAGUUAUUGUUUACAACUUUUACUUUCUGAGUUCAACACAUUGCCGUACUAAAUUGUUGAAAAUGCGAAAAAACUAAAACAUAAACUUAUGUGGAAACUUCUGCAAAUAAAAACUUUGGAUGAGUGGGUAUGCCUUUG